GGGUCACACUGCUGCUGCGUAAAAGCAGAUGGGCUCAAGGUCAAUCAAUCUGGACUUCAUCCUCACCGAUGAACUUGCAACGUAUUUGUCCAAGGUUGGUGGUCUAGAUAUAUGCUCUCCAGAACUCAAAAAUUCAAUAAGUCAAGUACUAGAAAAAAGAUCUGUAGUCCCGUACUCAGUUUUAAAUGACUGCUAUCACUUAACAAAGAAGCUCUCGAGUACAGGCAAAGACAAUAUUUAUCUCCAAUUUUGGCGCAUUUCUCUAAACACCUCAGUAGUCCUUCCAGCGAUAAAGCAGACUUUUAAAAAUCAAGGUCUCGAUGCUCAUUUUGAAGAACUAAGAAAUAAGUAUAAUAACAAAUGCUACGAAAAAAUAACGAAAGAUAUUGGUACACCCAUGGUCUUUUCAACAACUUCCAAGGCCCAGAAAACUUGCUUUUCUGAACUCAAAUGCGCUAGGAAACAAUUCGUUAUGGUUCUCAAUUUUAUUGUUAUUGUGAUGUCCGCCUUUGCGUUCGGAUAUUUCCUUCCUAAUUUAAUGCCCUCCAGUUAUUCCAUAUCACUCUUCUCGCGUAUUGUCUGUGGUUUGUUGUGCGCAGUAAUAGUUAUGGUUGCUGACUUUUACUUCCUAAUUAGAAAUUUCAGUUUAUUGGAGAAAGUUUAUGGGUGAUUCUUAAAUUGUAAUGUUAUGGGAGUUUCAGAUUUAUUGUUAGAUAACUUUUGAUAUCUCGUACAAAGUUGUGCAGCCUUUCCAACUGUUUUUUUCUUGGAUAAACCUGCGGUCGAAUGCACCUUCCAGAUUUCCGCUCUCAGUUCCGUUUAUCAAUACUUCCAGGAUAAUAAGUAACAUGAAAUGUUGAUUCUCU